AUGGCAGACAAAAAAUGUACAAUUUAUAUCGUUGACGUGGGACCUACUAUGUGGAAAGUCAAGCGUGAGGGCAGCACUGCGUUAGAUCUGGCUCGAAAGGCCCUUUUAGCUAUGCUUGAAGCAAAGGUGUUUGCGGGUCUUAAAUCUGAUGUGACUGGGUUAAUUGUAUUUGGAACAGAUGAGACAAGUAAUCAGCUGAACGAACAAACAAGCGAAUACGAAAACAUAACUAUUCUUUAUCCAAUAGAACAGCCACAGCUACCAAUCCUUCGAACAGUUAAUAAUAAUAUGCCUCGCGGGAAUGUACAAGCAGAUGCUUUUGAUGCAAUGAUCGUUUCAUUGAAUAUGAUUGAAGAACAUUGUAGAAAAUUAAAAUACACAAAAAAGAUAUAUCUUUUCACUGAUGGAGAGUCUCCCAUAAAUCAAUAUGAUUUUGAUCGUGUAUCAUCUCAAAUUUUAAGUCAAAAUAUAGAACUAAACAUCUUAGGUGUGGAUUUUGAAGAUCCUGAUAUUAGGCACUGUGAAGAAAACAAAUCUGAAAACAAGAAAAGAAAUGAGCAAUUCUUACGAAAGCUUGCCGACAAAUGCAAAGGCACGAUCUUUUCUAUGGAGUAUGUUUUGAGACAACUCUCAAAACCAUAUAUAAGGCCUGUAAAGCCUACAUCUGUUUAUCGAGGAACCUUAACUCUUGGGGAUCCCGAAACGUAUAAAUCAGCCUCGCUUGUAAUUGAUGUCGAAUUGAUUGCUCGUUCAAUGAAAGCAAAAUUAAAGAGUUUCAAAAAAUACUCUGCUCUCUCUGAAGCAGCAAACAAUAUCGAGAACAAAACAUACGAAGUGAGUCAAUCUAGGACUUACUCUAUAACUGUAGAUGAGAAUGUUAAUGAAAAGGUUGACGUACCACAAGAUGAAUUGGAUAGAGCUUAUGCAUUAGGCAAAACUUUUAUUCCAAUAAGCAAACAAGAUGAAAAUGUUUUUUCAUUUGAAUCCUCUCCAUGUUUAUCAAUAAUAUCCUUUAUUGGAAAGGAAGAGUUCAGAAGAGAACUAGUCUUGUUAAACGUUUUUACGGUUGUGUCCAAAAAAGAUGACCCAGUUGCUGCUCAACGACUUUCAUCUUUUAUACAUGUACUUUACGAAAAAGAUUCUUUUGCUAUAGUUCGCUUUGUGAAAAAAAAUUUUGAGCCACCAAAAUUAGGUGUUUUAAUUCCUUACAUUAAGCCACCUAAAGAAUGUUUAUACUUUGCCCGUAUUCCUUUCAAAGAGGACUAUCGGAGAUUUACUUUUCCAUCGUUGGAUCGUAUUGUGUCUAAAACCGGAAAGGAAUUAGAAGUUCACGAAUAUUUGCCAACUGAAGAAAUGCUGAAUAAGAUGGGUAAAUUCAUUGAAGGUUUGGAUUUGAUGAAUGCUGCGAUUGAUGAUGAAGGUAAUACUAGAGAAUAUUUAAAAGUGAAAGAAUGCUUUAAUCCGGUUAAUGUUAUGAUAAAAAAAGCUGUUAGCCAUAAAGCGCUAUAUCCAGAGGAACCUUUGCCACAACCCGAUCCGGCUUUAAAAUCACAGACGAGAAUGUUACCUUCAUUGGUAGAAAAAAAUAAAGAAUUAGUAAAUGAAAUGCGAGCGUUAUUUAAUUUAAAAGAAGUUAAAGGAAAAGGUAAAACUACGAAACGUCGCUUCGCUGAUGCUAAUGUAAGUGUUGAACAAAAUUUGAGUCUUGAUCAACUUUUAAGCAAUGAUGAACAAGAAAAGGGGAAAAGAACAAAAACUGAUAAUGGAGAUAGAGAGAAUACUUUGAUGCAAGAAAAGCAAGAACCUAUACGUGAAGUAGGUUUAGCAGAUCCUGUUGGCAAUUUCAAAGAAAUGAUUGCUAAUCGUGAAGAAGAUUUGGUUACCACUGCGGUGGAACAAAUGUGUCAAGUAGUUGAGCAUUUUGUGAAAUCUUCAUUUGGAACAUCGCUUUAUGAUAAAGCAUUGGAAUGCUUAAAAUUAUUACGAAAAACUUGCGCAAAAGAAAAUGAAUCCGAGAUGUUCAAUAAAUUUCUUAACGAAUUAAAAACUAUUGCUUUUACUUCUAAUCCUCCAAAAACAAAUUUUUGGGAAUUACUUGAACGCAUUAAGCUGUCAUUAAUUAUUAACACAGAAGCCGAUGAUAGUAUGAUUACUGAGAAAGAAGCAGAAGAAUUUUUAAAGAAGAAAUUGGAAAGGAAGAUUAUUGAAACAGCGGAUGAAGAACAAAUGCCAACAGAUGAAUUGUUAAAUUUAAUGGAUGAUGAUUAA